UAAACUAAAGGGGUCAUAAGAGACAUAUUCCAUUAGUGUCCAAUCACUCAAUAUUUCACUAAAGCUAAGUAACAACAAUUUGCAAACUCUUCUUCUGCACUUUGCUUUGAACCUAAGCCCAACAACAAUGGCAAAAGAACGAGCAAAAACUUCAGAAGACGAAAAUGGAACUCCAUCUAAGCAACAACACCACAAAUCAAAAUACAAAAGAAAGUAUGAAUCUGAAUCCGAAUCCAAACCGAAACGAGAAAUGAGAAAACACAAGAGAAAGAAAAAUCGAAGUUCUAGGAGAAGAUCACGGGGUUCUUCAUCAUCGUAUUCGGAUGACUCGGAGUCGGAAUCGGAGUCGGAGUCGGAGUCAGAGACGGGUAGUUCGGAGUAUUCGGAUUCGGACUCGGAGUCGGAGGGGGAUAGGAGGAGGAGGAAAAGGAAAGAGAGGAAGAGAAGAGAGGAAAAAGAGAAGGAGAGGAAAAGAACGAUAAGGAAAGAGAAGGAGAAGAGAAGGAGGAGGAAAGAGAAAGAGAAGAAGGAAAGGAAGAAGAAGAAGAAGGAGAAAGAGAAGGGGAAAAUUGGAGCUGUUACAAACUCUUGGGGUAAAUAUGGAAUUAUCAAAGAAACUGACAUGUGGAACAAACGGCCAGAGUUUACUGCAUGGUUAGCAGAAAUAAAGCAGGUGAAUCUGGAAAGCUUGCCAAAUUGGGAAGAGAAGCAAUUAUUCAAGCAAUUCAUGGAGGAUCACAACACCGCAACCUUCCCUUCUAAAAAAUAUUAUAACCUUGAUGCCUAUUACAAACGUAAAAUGGAAAAGGAAGCCAGAAGAGGUGUCAAGAAGGUCGUGGAUGAUGAACGUACUGUCUUCAAUGAUGAAGAACAGCGCAGGCAAGAAUUGAUGCGAGAACGUGAGAAGCACAAGGAAGAACAGAUGCAAGCAUUGAAGCGCGAGAUGCAGAGUGGAAUGGCACAAGCAAUGAAAGAACAAGCUCAAUUAAGAGAAGAGAUGGCUUAUCAAUACAAGCUUGGCAACUUUGAGGCCGCAGCUGCUAUUCAAAGACGUUUGGACCCUGAUCUCCCUAUGUAGACGACGGUCCUGCAAAAUUUUGAUCUAGUCUAUACAACAAACUACAUUAGGCUACAUAUUUUACUUACUUCAUUUCGUUGAGCAAAUAUGAAUGCAGAUUCAUCUGCAAGUCUGCAUUUAGUAGAUAUCUCUAGGCUAGAUGAGUUAAAAUCUGGUUCAUGUAUUGUUGUGUAAUAUUAGCUACACAUCUUUCAACUCUCUGCUCCACUGUAGUGCUGUUAAUCCCUAGUGACAAAUUUACCUUUCAUUGA